AGUACCACAGGUUCGAUUGCUCCUACUCGACUAGUACUGCCGCGAUAGGUCAUCGGCUACUCGAGUCUCUCCGUUCUCAUUUCCGGUUCAGGUCGCAGCUGAGCGAAUGUGUUUCGUUGUAGUUGUGCUCAAGAACCGGUGGAUAUAAACACGCUCCAGCAGAGAUGUCUACCGCUCUUGAGAGCUACAUUAACCGGACGGUUGCUAUUAUCACUUCAGAUGGCAGAAUGAUUGUGGGGACGCUAAAGGGCUUCGAUCAGACGAUCAAUCUCAUCCUUGAUGAAAGCCAUGAGCGGGUGUUCAGCUCUUCCCAGGGCGUAGAGCAGGUGGUUCUGGGACUGUAUAUUGUCAGAGGCGAUAAUGUGGCUGUAAUCGGUGAAAUCGAUGAAGAAACAGAUUCUGCGCUGGAUCUUGGAAACAUAAGAGCAGAACCGCUCAAUUCUGUGGCGCACUGAUGCCUCCCGAUCCAGGACAGAAAAAUCCACGUUUAGAAGAAAUUCCCCGUCUCCCUUUUGAAGACUUGCCCUAGGACAUCUUCAGGCAUCGAAAAGCAGCAAUAUUAUUUGCUUUUUUAAUCUUGAAGAAAAUAGACUGAAUGCAUAUCCUUUUUUUACGUGUGCUGAAAUAAAAAACAUGGGAAAGUA